UGUUUGCUGUUUUGUAACCAAACAUGAUACUUUCACUGGGGUACCUGAACAAAUUCUCAAACAUGACCUUCUAGUAUAUAUACACGCUAUUCCUUUGUGGAUAUUCCAUUUUGUAUCUGAACACCACGGACAUUCUUGUGGUAGACCUCUUUACUUCCUGCAUAUGCACACUACUUCCUGGUGGUAACCGACGUAUAAAGCUGUUCAAGUGCUAUAAAUUUAGAAGUAGUGCUUCAGUGUGACUGCUACCACGGCAAGUGCUGUACAAUCGGUCGAAUGCGCGGCCGCGGCCAUUGUUCGUGUUGAACUCACUCCCUGAAAGCGUCACGGUGGAUUUCGCGAAUGUGAGGUUCUCAGAGUUCAAAGGGCACCGUUGUUAUACACAGAGCUCACCAUUACCCAUCUUAAGAGAAGCCCUGGCCUGACAGUAUCGAGACUACAUCAACUGAAAUGGAAAAUACAACAGCUGCGAUGGAAGACACUCUCUACACUUCUACAAAAUCUUCGAUUACUGAAGGCCCUUCCGAGGAUGAAUUAUCCCCCAGCGCCAAGUUUGGAGUCGCUGUCUACUGUAUCAUUGGUUCCUUCGGUCUUGUGGGUAACCUAGUUGCAUGCAUCGUGUUUAACACAAUCAAGUCGAAAAAGAAUCAGGUCAGUCUGCUCAUCUUCACGCAAGCCUUGGCUGACCUGGUAUCGAGUAUCGUGAUAAUAAUAUUCGGCAUCACCCGUGUGUAUCGACACCGGUUGCCGACUACUGGUGGUACCGGAGAGUGGUUGUGUCGAUUCUGGUGGACUCGAUUCGUCAUCUUUUACUUUUUCGCCAUCUCCACGUUCAAUCUGACAUUGAUCUCGCUAGAGCGUUAUAUAGCCGUUAUACACCCGUUAACGUACGCUAAGCGAUUUACUCGACGCAACACCAAGAUAUUUGUGGUGAUCGUAUGGCUGUUUUGCCCCGUCAUGCAAUGGGGCCAGCCUCUUUGGGGGUACACCGUGGUUAACGGUACAUGCGUGACCAUUAAAUCCUGGGAUGACUUCGGCCAAGCUUUCUUUGGUGUAUUACUCUUCCUGUGGGAAUUAAUUACCCCGAUCUGUGUCAUGGGUGUGUGCUUCGUUUCCAUUGUCAUAACCUUAAGAAAGAAGGAACUGGCGUGCAGGACACCUACUGUCAAGGUUAAACCAGAGAGAUCCGGUUCUGUGUUCAAGCCAAUCAAAAAGCACGUCCGUAGAGACAUAACAAUGACCCUACUGAUUCUCUUUAUCCUCUUCGUCAUCUGCUGGACUCCAAACCAAACUACGUUUGUCCAAUUCAAUCUGGGCGGUCCUCUGGAUUUCAAUGGCGGUUGGUACCACUUCACAGUCAUCUUGGGAUUCGCGAACUGCUGCGUUAACCCGUUUGUGUAUGCGUUCCGACUGCGUCAGUUCCGCGUGCGUGUUCUCCUCAUGUUGCAAUGCCGAUGCAAGGCCUUUGACCGCGCCGACGAGUCCGACAACGAACUGUUCCGAGACCCAGCAUCCACCAGCAACAAGUGGUCUUCGCGACGAGAGAAACUCGGCAAGAUUUUCAAACUCACGCGGCAAGACAAUGCAAGUCUUUCAAGAACCCCGGAGAACACAGCUUCACCGGAAGGGUCGCCCUUCCCUUCCAAGAAAUCCACACUGAAAAAGACUGACAGUACAAACGAACUUAAGUGAAUUUAUCCAUAACACAAAGUAAGUGUGUCUUUGCUAUUUUGCCAGAAGUAAAGUUUUUGUUUGAAGACACGACAGCACAAAAAAGACACACCAUCUGUUAUUUCUUUUGUAGAAAGAAAACGGCCUUUUCUGAAUUCGGACUUUUGCUGUAAAAUUGUUCAAACUUUUGCUCCAGUUGAACGUUCAAGGGUUGGGUUAAGCAGUAACUCUGGUUUCGGCUAGCAGGUGGAGUAUACUUCAGGCUAGUCCUGCUAGAAAUAGCUAUACAAAGAAUUAGACUACUAUAGGCCUAGGGGAUUGUUCAAUCACUCCCGGCAAGGAAAAGGGGAGUUUAGUGAAUCUUUCUUGUUGAUCCAAAUUUUCCCUUCCUUUUGAAAUAUUAUACAACAUUUAUAAUGAAAACCGUUGAAGCUUGAAGCUGGUUUUUGUAACUAAAGUUACUGACCAGUAGACUUCCUGCCUGAGCAGUAGAAAUGUGAAACAUCGAAAGAUACGUGAGUGUACUUCCUCUGUAUAUCCUCUCCGAAAGCUAAAGGGUCACAGAACGCACACUCACCUGUUGUAAUGUCGGUGCGCGUAUAUAUCGAAUACGAAUACUCCAUGUGUCCAAACCACAGACGUAAGGCCGUGCCGGAAACACUUGCCUACAACCGGAAUUUACACACGACUUCAUGGGAACUGGCCGUGGCCACUUCCAUAUACUCGUGUGUAAUUUCUGGCCGAAGCCCAGUGAUUCGGACACGGCCAUAUAAACGCAUAGACCACCAGUCU